UCUCAUUUUCACGAUAUCGUAAAAACGGCUAUCUUCAUGCGAUACCAAAUGCGAACACAAUUUAUAAAGCGGAUUAGCGACCAGUGUUGCGUGAAAAGCAGGCUUCACAUUGGCAAAGAGCUAACCGAAUUUGUGCAACCGAAAAUGAGAAAGAACUCGUUUCAAUUUACAUAAGAAGUAAGCGCGCGAAGCCAGCAGGGUCACCAUUCAGUCAGUCUGUGGUCCUCGAUUCGGACGCCGCAUUGUUUUUUUUAUUUCCGAUUUCUGCGCCGGCCAGUGCGUGCGUAUUCGCAAUGUGCGCGUAUGUUUUGGUUUUCACUUUCCUCGCGGCUGCGACCUUCGUUAGUGAUUGCUCGGCAAAAUUAGCACCGGAUUUCAUUCAUCCCUGCAACAACACUGAGCCGGCCUGCCUGAUAAAAGCUACCCAAGAUGCAGUCAUACCCUUUACAAAAGGCCUGCCGGACAUCGGGGUGCCUUCCCUGGAUCCGUUUGUUAUUGACGAAUUGCCCAUCCAACUGCCUGGAGUAAAAGUCACCUUUCUGGAUGGAAAAGCAACGGGACUGAGGAAAUGCCAAGUGCUGAAUGUUGAGGCUUAUCUGGAGAAGAACGUUUUCCAGCUGCAGGUGCGAUGCAACAUCACCAUCAAGGGAAAAUACACGGCGGUCGGCAGGCUGCUUCUCUUCCCCAUCAAUGGAGAAGGCGACGCUAAGAUCAAAAUCGUGAACUCCGUUAUCAAAAUGGACAUCAAGACUAAAUACUACAAAGACAACGAGGGCCGCGACCACUUCGGCAUCAAGAGUUAUAGAUACACUUUCGACUAUGGUGAUAGAAUUUUCUACAACAUCACCAAUCUCUUCAAGGGAAAUCCCGAAUUAAGUAACACAGUUCUCGUAUUCCUGAAUGAAAACUGGAGAACAGUCACAGAAGAAUUCGGCAAACCGGUCGUAGACUAUGCCAUGAACGUCGUAGUGUCCACAGCAACGAAGUUUUUCAACGCUGUGCCCUACGAUGAGCUGCUUUACGUACCCAUUCCUAAAUAUUGAAAAUAAUAAUUU